AGGAAACACUCCUGUGUCUAACUCGACGUGUCCGGAAAGCCCUGGCCAGUUUCCCUUUCGUUCUGCGGCCGUUGCUGCCCAGCCCCGCGGCGCCCUCGGACCCGCGGAAGCCGCCGCCGGGGGUGAGGCGCCUGGGGGCCGCGGGCCGAGCGGCGGGGCCCCCCGAGCACCAUGCUAGACCCGUCUUCCAGCGAGGAGGAGUCAGACGAGGGGCUGGAAGAAGAGAGCCGCGAUGUGCUGGUGGUGGCCAGCGGUUCCCAGCGGGCGCCGCCGGCCCCGGCUCGGGAAGGGCGCCGGGACGCACCGGGACGCGCGGGCGGCGGCGGCAGUGGCGGCGCCGCCAGACCGGUGAGCCCGAGCCCCUCGGUGCUCAGCGAGGGGCGAGACGAGCCGGAGAGGCACCUGGACGAGGAGCAGGAGCGGAGGAUCCGCCUGCAGCUGUACGUCUUCGUGGUGAGGUGCAUAGCGUACCCCUUUAACGCCAAGCAGCCCACCGACAUGGCCCGCAGGCAGCAGAAGCUCAACAAGCAGCAAUUGCAGUUACUAAAAGAACGGUUCCAGGCCUUCCUCAAUGGGGAAACCCAAAUUGUAGCUGAUGAAGCAUUUUGCAAUGCAGUUCGCAGUUACUAUGAGGUUUUUCUGAAGAGUGACCGAGUAGCCAGAAUGGUUCAGAGUGGAGGGUGUUCUGCUAAUGACUUCAGAGAGGUGUUUAAGAAAAACAUAGAAAAACGUGUGCGGAGUUUGCCAGAAAUAGAUGGCUUGAGCAAAGAGACGGUGCUGAGCUCGUGGAUAGCCAAAUACGAUGCCAUUUACAGGGGUGAGGAGGACUUGUGCAAACAGCCAAACAGAAUGGCCCUAAGCGCUGUGUCUGAACUUAUUCUGAGCAAGGAACAACUCUAUGAAAUGUUUCAGCAGAUUCUGGGAGUUAAAAAACUAGAACAUCAGCUGCUUUAUAAUGCAUGCCAGCUGGAUAAUGCAGAUGAACAAGCAGCCCAGAUCAGAAGGGAGCUUGAUGGCCGGCUGCAGUUGGCAGAGAAAAUGGCAAAGGAAAGAAAAUUCCCCAAAUUUAUAUCAAAAGAAAUGGAGGCUAUGUACAUAGAAGAAUUGCGGUCUUCAGUGAAUUUGCUAAUGGCCAAUUUGGAGAGUCUCCCAGUUUCAAAAGGUGGUCCAGAAUUUAAAUUACAAAAGUUAAAACGUUCACAGAACUCGGCAUUUUUGGACAUAGGAGAUGAGAAUGAGAUCCAGCUGUCCAAGUCCGACGUGGUACUGUCAUUCACCUUAGAGAUUGUCAUAAUGGAAGUACAAGGUUUGAAAUCAGUGGCUCCCAAUCGAAUUGUUUACUGUACAAUGGAGGUGGAAGGAGGAGAAAAACUGCAGACAGACCAAGCUGAAGCAUCAAGGCCACAAUGGGGGACUCAAGGAGAUUUCACCACUACCCAUCCUCGCCCAGUAGUCAAAGUCAAACUCUUCACAGAGAGCACCGGGGUGCUGGCCCUUGAAGACAAAGAGCUGGGAAGGGUUAUAUUAUACCCGACGUCUAAUAGCUCCAAGUCAGCUGAAUUGCACAGAAUGAUAGUUCCAAAAAAUAGUCAGGACUCUGACUUAAAAAUCAAACUGGCAGUGCGAAUGGAUAAACCACCACAUAUGAAGCAUAGUGGAUACCUGUAUGCCCUUGGACAGAAAGUUUGGAAAAGAUGGAAAAAGCGUUACUUUGUUCUUGUUCAGGUGAGCCAGUACACCUUUGCUAUGUGCAGUUAUAGAGAAAAAAAAUCAGAACCACAAGAACUAAUGCAGCUUGAGGGAUACACUGUAGAUUAUACAGAUCCACACCCAGGCCUACAGGGCGGUCAGAUGUUUUUUAAUGCUGUUAAAGAAGGAGAUACUGUCAUAUUUGCCAGUGAUGAUGAACAGGAUAGAAUAUUAUGGGUUCAAGCCAUGUACAGGGCUACAGGUCAAUCAUAUAAGCCAGUUCCUGCCCUUCAAACUCAGAAGCUGAAUCCUAAAGGAGGAAGUCUCCAAGCAGAUGCUCAGUUAUAUGCAGACCGUUUUCAGAAACAUGGCAUGGAUGAGUUUAUUUCAGCGAAUCCUUGCAAGCUUGACCACGCCUUCCUUUUUAGAAUACUCCAGAGGCAGACUUUGGAUCACAGACUGAAUGAUUCCUAUUCUUGCUUGGGUUGGUUUAGCCCUGGCCAAGUCUUUGUGUUAGAUGAAUACUGUGCCCGUUAUGGCGUGAGAGGCUGUCACAGACAUCUCUGCUACCUGACAGAACUGAUGGAACAUUCAGAAAACGGUGCUGUCAUUGACCCAACCCUGCUCCAUUACAGCUUUGCAUUCUGUGCCUCUCAUGUGCACGGCAACAGGCCUGAUGGAAUUGGAACUGUUUCAAUGGAAGAAAAAGAAAGGUUUGAAGAAAUAAAAGAGAGGCUCUCCUCCCUUUUAGAAAAUCAGAUAAGCCAUUUCAGAUACUGUUUUCCCUUUGGACGACCAGAAGGUGCUCUAAAAGCUACACUUUCAUUACUUGAAAGGGUUUUAAUGAAAGAUAUUGCCACUCCUAUACCAGCAGAAGAGGUGAAGAAAGUGGUCAGAAAAUGUCUCGAGAAAGCUGCCUUGAUCAAUUACACUAGGCUCACAGAAUAUGCCAAAAUAGAAGGCCCAGCAGAAAAGGAAACAGAGACCAUGAACCAAGCGACUCCUGCUAGAAAGCUGGAAGAGGUUCUCCAUCUAGCAGAGCUCUGUAUAGAAGUCCUACAGCAGAAUGAAGAACACCACGCAGAGGCAUUUGCCUGGUGGCCUGAUUUGCUGGCUGAGCAUGCAGAGAAAUUCUGGGCUCUUUUCACAGUGGAUAUGGAUACUGCACUGGAGGCUCAACCACAAGACUCCUGGGAUAGUUUUCCUCUUUUCCAACUACUUAAUAACUUCCUCAGGAAUGACACACUUUUGUGUAAUGGAAAAUUUCACAAACACUUGCAAGAAAUCUUUGUGCCCCUGGUUGUUCGCUACGUCGAUCUCAUGGAGUCCUCCAUCGCCCAAUCAAUUCACAGAGGUUUUGAGCAAGAGACAUGGCAACCUGUCAACAAUGGCUCCACAACAUCAGAAGAUCUUUUUUGGAAACUUGAUGCACUGCAAAUGUUUGUCCUUGAUCUACACUGGCCUGAACAAGAAUUUGCCCACCACUUAGAGCAAAGACUUAAACUAAUGGCCAGUGAUAUGAUAGAAGCCUGUGUCAAAAGAACAAGAAGUGCAUUUGAACUCAAGUUGCAAAAGGCAAGCAAAACAACCGACUUGCGCAUUCCAGCUUCCAUGUGUACAAUGUUUAAUGUAUUAGUUGAUGCCAAAAAGCAAAGCACCAAACUCUGUGCCCUUGAUGGAGGACAGGAGUUUGGUAGUCAAUGGCAACAGUACCAUUCAAAAAUCGAUGAUUUGAUUGACAACGCUGUAAAAGAAAUCAUUUCACUGCUAGUUUCAAAGUUUGUUUCAGUGUUGGAAGGGGUGUUGUCUAAGUUGUCAAGAUAUGAUGAAGGCACCUUCUUUUCGUCUAUCCUGUCAUUCACUGUGAAAGCAGCUGCAAAAUAUGUUGAUGUCCCAAAACCAGGAAUGGAUCUGGCAGACACGUACAUUAUGUUUGUACGGCAAAACCAGGAUAUUCUUCGAGAAAAGGUCAACGAGGAAAUGUAUAUAGAAAAGUUGUUUGAUCAAUGGUACAGCAGCUCCAUGAAAGUCAUCUGCGUGUGGUUGGCUGAUAGAUUAGACCUCCAGCUUCAUAUUUACCAACUGAAGACUCUCAUCAAGAUUGUGAAGAAAACCUACAGGGACUUCCGACUGCAGGGAGUGCUGGAAGGAACCCUGAACAGCAAGACAUAUGAUACUCUGCACAGACGCUUAACAGUGGAGGAAGCCACUGCCUCGGUGUCUGAAGGAGGCGGGCUUCAGGGCAUUACAAUGAAAGAUAGUGAUGAAGAAGAAGAAGGCCAGUAACACAUAGCUCUGGAGCGGAAAAGAGGAUCUCGGCUUUUUUUUUUUUUUUUUUUUUUUUUUUUUUUUUUUUUGGUACCUUGUUCCUGUAAUUACACUUAGUGUCUUGACCAAAUAAAAAUGCUAGUUUUUUUUUUUUUUUCAAAAGUAAGCCUUGAAGUAGAGUUAAAGGUAAAAUACCAAGUUUGUUGUCUUGUUUUAAAAUCAUCUUUUGUGUAGCUUAACCCAAAAUGAGCUUUGGUUCCAUUUGUGAUUGGAACAUGACUUUUUUUUUUCAGCAGAUUUGACCUUUUUUUUUCUGUACACACAUCAAAGUAAUGCCCUGUGUGUGAGAUAUGUAUUUCUCCAUAUACAAAAUUGUGAGAAGACACUUCUGAUCACUGUGCCAACUCCACCAUACCUUUGUUAAAAUGGUGUUUAUCCUCCAGUUUAUCAUUUAUGUGCAAGGUUUGUUUUGUGGUUAAUUUGCCAUUGUUGUGAUGUGUAUAAAAUCUUUAACCUUGGUUCUUAGUACUCUGAAUUGGUCUGCAGGUAUAUCCCUGCACUGAAAGGACUGCCAAACCCAAAUGUAGAGUAGGCUAUCCAAUGGGCUUGUGUCUUUGUUCUAUUGUGAACAUCAAAUGUGCUUCCAUAAACAUACCAUAUUCUCCUACUUAUAAGUAUAACAGCUUGCAGGCAAUAAAAAUACAUUUGGUCAUAACAACUCCUGUAUUUAUUAGACUUGUAUAGGUUAAAUGCAGUAAAAGAUGUUUGCUGUAUUUCAAACAUCCCAA